CGUUCUCUUCAGUCUCCACCGCCAGCAUGGCGGACGAGUACCCUUCUCUAUUUCGCUCCGAGGCGAUGAGCCUCGUCCAGCUCUUCAUACCAACCGAAGUCGCUCAUGACACUGUUGCUGAGUUGGGAGAGCUGGGCAAUGUCCAAUUUAAGGAUUUGAACCCCGAUGUCAAUCCUUUCCAACGCUCCUUCGUCGGCGAAAUCCGCCGCGUCGACGAGAUGGCGCGACGCAUCCGCUUCUUCAACUCGCAAAUCGAGAAAGAGAAGGAGAAGAUUCCGAUACGACCUCUCUACGACUCCGCACCGCUCAUCACGGUUGGGCCGCGCUCUGCGCAGACCAUCGACGAACUCGACUUCACCUUGAGCGAGCACGAGGCUCGUCUCAACCAGAUGAACGAGAGCUACCAGAACUUAAGCAAGAACGCCACCGAGUUGAUUGAGGCUCGCCAUGUUUUACGCGAAACAAAGGUCUUCUUUGACCGCGCCGAGACGCACCCGGUAGAAACGCGCAAUUCUUUCGACGAUAGCGCUGCGCCUCUUUUGCAGCACGACGACCGGGAGGCUAACUUCUCGAGCAAUAAUGUCCAGUUCGACCUUGAAUUUGUUGCGGGUACCAUCGAUCGCGCGCGACUCCAAACUUUCGAGCGUGUACUCUGGCGUGUUCUCCGUGGCAACCUCUACAUGAACUACACCGACAUCACUGAGCCAUUCGUCGACCCGGCUACCGGUGCCGAAACGCGCAAGAACGUUUUCAUCGUGUUCGCUCAUGGUGACGCCCUUCUUGCCAAGAUCCGCAAGGUCGCAGACUCCAUGGGUGCGACCAUCUACCCCAUUGACUCGAAUGCGGACAAGCGCGUCCAGUCACUUAGGGAGGUGUCAGACCGCCUUGAAGACCUGGAGAACGUGCUGUACAACACGGGACUGAGCCGCCGCGCGGAGCUAGUCAAGAUUGGCGAGAGCAUCGCGAGCUGGCAGGACGUCGUCCUCAAGGAGAAGGCGAUCUACGAGACCCUUAACCUGUUCAAUUACGACGUGCGCAGGAAGACGUUGAUUGCUGAGGGUUGGUGCCCGACCAGGGAUAUCACCACCAUUCAACUUGCGCUUCGUCAUGCCACGGAGGAAUCUGGCACCAGCGUGCCCCCGAUUUUGCACGAGCUGGCCACGCACAAGACACCACCUACCUUCCACAGGACGAACAAGUUCACCGAAGGCUUCCAGACGAUCAUGGACGCAUACGGUAUCGCCACAUAUCAGGAGGUCAAUCCCGGCCUGUUCGCUGUUAUUACCUUCCCCUUCCUCUUUGCCGUUAUGUUCGGCGACAUUGGACACGGUUUCAUCACUUUCCUUGCUGCUCUAGCAAUGAUCCUCUGGGAGAGGAAACUAGCCAAGGCUGACCUCGGCGAAAUCUUUGGCACGUUCUUCUUCGGUCGCUACAUUAUCUUACUCAUGGGCGCCUUCUCGAUGUACACGGGUCUUAUCUACAACGACAUCUUCUCGAGAUCCCUUCACAUCUGGCACUCCGGUUGGACAUGGCAGGCAGGCCCGACGAACGACACGGCCGUGGCUAUCUCGAAUGGCCAUACGUAUCUCUUCGGUCUCGACCCUGCUUGGCACGAGGCGGAGAACGGCCUGAUCUUCACCAACUCCUACAAGAUGAAAAUGUCCAUCGUCCUGGGUGUGAUUCACAUGACUUUCGCUCUCUGCCUUCAAGUCCCGAAUCAUAUUCGUUUCAAGCGCUUUUCCGACAUCUGGACCAACUUUAUCCCCCAGAUGAUCUUUUUGCAGUCCAUCUUCGGCUAUCUCGUCCUGUGCAUCCUGUACAAGUGGUCCAUCGACUGGACGAAGGCUACCACCGAACCUCCGUCCCUUCUGACCAUGCUCAUCAGCAUGUUCCUGUCGCCCGGCAGUAUCGAGGAGGGCAAGGAGCUCUACCGUGGGCAGUCCACAAUCCAGAUCAUCCUCUUGUUACUCGCUGCUGUUUGCGUUCCCUGGCUGUUGAUCACGAAGCCAUACUUACAAUACCAGGAGAUGAAGAAGAUCCAGGGCCAGGGAUAUGUCCAUGUGGAUCAAGGUCCUGCUGUGCACGCCGCUGACGACACCCUGGAGGCUGAGGAAGAGGGCAAUGGACGUGCGAUUACUGAAGAUGCGGAGGAAGAACAUGAAUCGCACGAUUUCGGCGAAGUCGUCAUUCAUCAAGUCAUCCAUACCAUUGAGUUCUGCCUAGGCUGCAUCUCCCACACUGCUUCCUACCUCCGUUUGUGGGCGCUGUCGCUUGCGCACGCUCAGCUUUCGGAAGUGCUGUGGUCCAUGACGAUUGAGGUUGUCCUCGGUUAUGGCCUCACCGGUAUCAUCGGUUGGAUUGCCUUGGUGGUCGUCGUCGUGUUGUGGUUCAUUCUGACUGUCGCCAUCCUGUGUAUCAUGGAGGGUCUUUCCGCAUUCUUGCACGCGCUCCGUUUGCACUGGGUGGAGGCGAACAGCAAGCAUUACGAAGCCGGUGGAUACCAAUUUGUCCCCCUCAGCUUCGCUGCUCUUGCGCAGAAGGAGUAAGGAUGGCCAAUGAUGGAGUAGGCUAUCGCAGCUUGUGCUCACCCACUAAUCCGGAAUGUCAUAACAAUUCUCAUUGUGUUCAUGA